GGUGUGGCCAGCGAGUUCCCGGAAGUCGGGCGCCCAACUGCCCACUGUCGGCGGUCCCGGCGUGGUCUCGUCUCGCCGGGAGUUUGGGUCUGGCGGGACCGGGCGGAGAUUUGGCUCCGGCGCGAUAACUGCGUGACGUGGAGACGGCUCGUCACGUGGUCUGCGCUGUGGUGUUGGGGGAGGUGGCGGGUCAGGUGGCGGGUCUUCCCUGCGAUGUCGUUACGAGCUCUUGCCGCCCCGGGUCACGCGGGCGCCCUGGGGCCAGGCCUCAGCGCCCGCCCUGGGGCAGGGCCUCUGACGGGGGCGCCGGGGCCGCCGCUGCUCGCGACGCCCUCAGACGCCUUCCUGCGCCGUCUUCGACGAGAGCUGGGAAAGAAGGGUCGACGGGCACGGCGGGGAGGGCGUCGUCACCCGGUGGCGCGUGCUUUUACGAAGUGACUGAGCGCACACACGCUCUCGUAGCCUCUUCAGAGUUUUGAAGAGGGUCAGCACCACCCUUUUUCCUCACACUGGACAGCCUCCCACAGAGGCGGGGUUGGCUGUUCAUUUCUUUGUCUUUCGCUGUUCCCUCGGCUCUUCCUUGCUCGGAGCUCUUGUGUGUCCUGGACAAAGCCCGAGGCCCGUUACACUCAACCGGCUUUGCAGUAGAACCGCUAUUACUUCUCCCUCCAUUCACACAUGAAGAAAUCAAGGCAGGCGUGACUUCUUACUUGAUCUGCAUUUUGUAACCAUCAGUCUUCUCUCUUGCUCAGAGCUCUUGUUUAUCUGAGGCAAAGCAUCAAGCAGUUAAAAUCAAAGAACCUGGAGAGAUUCCCACUGGAUGCCUGAGUAAAAACAGAGUUCCAUCUGCAGAGGAAAAGGGGGGCAUGAUAGUUGGGUAGCCAGUAUUUUCUGUCAGACUCAUCAUGUAUGGUCCUCACUGAAAAAUUGAAAAAAUCGCUGUCAACCACUUAAAAGGUAAAUACGAAAUUUUUUUUACUUUUAAAAAAAUUAUUUAUUGCGGUACACAGAAAAGAACACACAUCCUAACUGUUUGACUCUUAAGUGUCCUAAAGUGAAUGUUAAGAAGAAACAAGCAUUGCCAUCACUCCCCCGCACUUCCUCCCCUUCCCUGCCUCCUGCUUCCACCUUGUUUUAACUACUACCCUGACUGUUAAUAUUGUAGAUUAAUUUUGCCUGGCUUUUUGAUGUUAUAUAUUGUUAGUAAUUUGUAUUUUCCCCCAGUUUUACUGAAGUAUAGUUGACAAAAUUGAAUAUAGAUAUGAAUAUUUUUAUAUAUAGACUUACAGAUAAUUUGUGAAGUUCUUGGAAUUUUCAAUUAAUUUCAGUGGAGAUUUCCUUCCUUAAAUCCCUGAAUUAAGUACACUUAUGCAAAAAACAUUUUGAAAAUCCAUUAAAAUAGACCGUUAUAUUCUCUGUUGAAAGUACUUGAUCAUAAGAUGAUAUGACAGGUUAGUGUGUGUUCAUUAAUUACUCUGUAACGUGACUUUACAGUGUGACUUUCUACUUGCCUACUUUCAGAGUUUCUGUGACUCUUGGGUAUCGAAGCCACUCAUCAGUCCCUCCUAAGAUAUUCAGUGCUUAUAGAGUUGAAUCAUUCAUGGGGAAAUGGGGGGGGGGCAAUAAAAACAAAGGAAGUCCUUGGAAACCAUGCAGAAGGUGAAGUAAGUAAGACCAGGCUAAACCAGCAAACCACAGGGGAGGAGAGCCGGCUGGGGUCAGGAGCCAGCCUCACAGAGCUGCCAGCACCUGGAGGCCCCUCCCCCUGGAACUGCGUUGCUCCUGCGGGAGGCGCAGCGGGUCCUAGUUGGUCUUGGCAGCUCUGUAGAGAGGAGACCCGGCCAAAGGACAGAGAGCGGGUGGAAGUCCUCAUCUAGCUGAGUCUUAAUACCCUAUGGUCGUAGUUCAGGGCAUGGUUAUAACUCCUUCCUGUUUCUGUACUGUCUGGGAGCCUGUUUUAAUGUUACUAAACAUUCAUGCUGCGCUUAGCCACCCAGUUGUGUCCGACUCUUUGCGACACCAUGGACUGUAACCCACCAGGCUCCUCUGUCCAUGGGAUUCUCCAGGCAAGAAUACUGGAGUGGGUUGCCAUGCCCUCCUCCAGGGGAUCUUCCCGACCCAGGAAUUGAACCUAGGUCUCCCACGUGGCAGGCAGAUUUUUUUACCAGCUAAGUCACCAGGAAAGCCUAAGAAUACUGGAGUGGGUAGCCUGUCCCUUCUCCAGGGGAACUUCCUGACCCAGGAAUCGAACCAGGGUCUCCUGCAUUGCAGGCAGAUUCUUUACCAGCUGAGCUACUGGGGAAGCCCACUAAACAUUCACACAUGACAUCAUUUUUGAAAACUGCUAGGUGACUUUCAUAAUGUGAAUGAGGCAUAAGUUACUCUCCCCUGUUAUGUAUACGUCAGUUGUAUGUAUUAUGUGCUUUUGCUGUUCUAUCUAAUGUUCCUGGGAAUAUCCUUGUACAUAAUCUGUAUCACUGUCUCUGAUUUGAUUCCUUAGGAUAAAGAAUUACUGAGGGAGGAACUUAAGUCCCUUUUAAAAAGGAAAUUUUAUUAUAAAGGAUUGUGUGUUUCUGGGGCAUUCUGACCCUUCAGAAGGAAAGCAGCCAUGUCCUUGGACGACAUUAAGAUGAGCUCUACGGACUUCCUGGAGCAGGCAGACCUGGACAGUGGGGGCUUCGGGAAGGUGUGUCUGUGUUUACACAGAUCCCACGGACUAGUGAUCCUGAAGAAGGUGUACACGGGCCCCAAGCGCACCGAGUACAACGAGGCCCUCCUGGAGGAGGGCAGGAUGAUGCACCGGCUGCGGCACCGCCGCGUGGUCAAGCUGCUGGGCGUCAUCAUGGAGGAGGGCAGCUACUCGCUGGUGAUGGAGUACAUGGAGCAGGGCGACCUCAUGCGUGUGCUCAAGGCCCAGAUCAGCAUACCCCUGUCCGUGAAAGGGAGGAUCAUUAUGGAGACCAUCGAAGGGAUGCGCUACUUACAUGGACAAGGGGUGAUACACAAGGACCUCAAGCCAGAAAAUAUCCUCGUUGACAGUGACUUCCACAUCAAGAUAGCUGACCUCGGCGUCGCUUCCUUCAAGACGUGGAGCAAGCUGACGAAGGAGGAGCACAACGAGCAGAGGAAGGCGGGCGGCGGCGCCGGGAAGGGCGGCACGCUGCACUACAUGGCCCCCGAGCACCUGAACGACGUCAACUCCAGGCCCUCCGAGAAGUCCGACGUCUUCAGCUUCGCCAUCGUGCUCUGGGCCAUCUUCGCCAACAAGGAGCCAUACGAGAACGCCAUCUGUGAGCAGCAGCUGAUACUGUGCAUCAAGUCUGGGAACAGGCCGGACGUGGAGGACAUCAUAGAGUUCUGCCCGCGGGAGGUCAUCGACAUCAUGAGGCAGUGCUGGGAGGUGAACCCGGACAACCGGCCCACGUUCGCGGGCAUUGAAGAAAAAUUUAGGCCUUUUUAUUCAAGUAAAUUAGAAGAACAUGUAGAAGAGGAUGUGAAGAGUUUAAAGAAAGAGUUUCCAGGCCAAAAUGAAAUUGUAAAGAGAAUGAAGUCUCUCCAAAUUGACUGUGUGGCAAUAGCUCCAAGCAGGUCAAAUUCAGCCACGGAACAGCCCGGCUCUCUGCACAGCUCACAGGGCUUCGGGAUAGGCCCCGUGGAGGAGUCCUGGUUUGCCCCCGCCCCGGAUCACCAGCCGGAGGAGGACGACUUCCUGCUGCACAGUAAACUCCAGGAGGAGGCCAACUACCACCUCUACGGCAGCCGCAUGGACAGGCGGACGAAACAGCAGCCCGGACCGAGCGCGGCUUACAGCAGCGAGGAGAGGCGGCGCAGGGUCUCCCACGACCCUUUCGCGCAGCAGAGACCUUAUGAGAGCGCUCAGGGCCCAGGGAUGAAAGGCCUCGCCUACCCCGGUGUGACGAAUCUCACCAGUGCAGCCCAGCAGCCCGCAGGGCUGAGCGGCCAACCCCAGUCACCAUACUGCAGAGAUGGAUCAUUUCGUCCACUUGAGCUUAGAGUGAGACCACUGGACCUAGGGACCACGAGUCCACAAGUUUGGUAUGGGCCAAACCCUGGCCACAUGCCAAACCUAUAUAAAACUCCGGUGCCUGAGACCAACCUCCUGGGGAACACACCCACCAUUCCAUUCACCUCCUUGCCAUCAAGAGAUGAGUCUGCAAAGUAUACCAUAUACAACAGCUCUGGCAUUCAGAUUGGCGACUGCAAUUACAUGGAGAUUGGUGGCAUGAGUUCAUCGGUACUGGACAGCACGUACAUGAACUUGAAAGAAGAGCCGGCUUCUAAGUACCAAGCUAUCUUUGAUAAUACCACUAGUCUGACUGAUAAACACCUGGACCCAGUCAGGGAGAAUCUGGGGAAACAUUGGAAAAACUGUGCCCGUAAGCUGGGUUUCUCUGAGUCUCAGAUCGAUGAAAUCGACCACGACUAUGAGCGAGAUGGACUCAAAGAGAAGGUUUACCAGAUGCUCCAAAAGUGGCUGAUGCGCGAAGGCAGCAAGGGGGCCACGGUGGGGAAGCUGGCCUUCGCGCUCUACCUGUGCUCGCGGAUAGACCUGGUCAACUGCUUGAUCCGCAUCAGCCAGAACUAAGCCCCCAGGCGCUCCUGCAGCCAGAGGCCGCCUCCUCGCCUGGUGAAAGCCUGCUGCCUGCGGUGACUCAGACGGACUUCUUUUCUCCCUGAUACAGUGGGUACUGUGUCUGCGUAAUCACUUCCUGCCUUUCACAGCUGGAGUGUGGAAAAAGGAACCAACGGCAAACCACCCACUUCGCAGGACGACCUAUUUGUGGCCAAGGCCCAACCCAACAAGAAGUCUAACUGGGCUUUGAAAAGGAGAGAAGACAGAUUUGAGAAAGACCUUUUUUUUUCUUUCAUAUUAUCCCAUAAUCUUCAUGCUAUUCAUUCUGGUUUCUGGGAGUUUUGUUUGAGCAAGGGAAAAAAAAAAAUUCGGAGAACAUAACCUAAGUCAGCUUUCUAAUUUUACACUGUCUUCUCCACAUAAGUGCCUGUUAUAACCAAAGUAAAAAAAAGUUCUCAUCCAGUCAGAUAGUGGAAAACUGGAGGGGGAGAUGGCCCCCAGCUGUGGGAAGGGGCGGGGUGAUUUUCCAGAUGCAUCAGUUGUGAUCACUGUUUUCUAAAUUCCAAACAGGUUAACUAAUCAGUGUCAGAGGCAAAAUGCAGACAAUAUUUUAAUGGACUAAUUAAAAUAAAAUUUUGUACCUCAAAUAGAA